AUGAGGGUCUUCCUCAACUCCUUCCACUUCGGUUAUGUCCAGGAGAGGAAGCUGUGCGCUCAUCCCAGGCUGGAGAUCUACAAAGGAGACCGCAUCUAUUUUGUGUGCCCCCUGGCACGCCAAGGAGACUUCUAUGUGCCAGAAAUGAAAGAGAUGGAGCGGAAGAGCAGAGCGGCAGAAGCAGACGAUGCACAGACAGAUAUCACAGGGGCUGACACCCUGAGCGAGACGAGCUCCAUCAGCCUGGAGGCCACGACCGAUAGCAGAGAGACUUCGGUGGCCACCUCCAUCCUGUCCCCCUUCGCAGCUGGCCGCGGGCGGGAUGAACUGGACAAUCGCAGCGAACACAGCUACAGCGAGUCAGGGGCCAGUGGCUCCUCCUUCGAGGAGCUGGAUCUGGAAGGCAAUGGCGAUGGGUCGGCAGGGCAGCCUUCUGACCUGGGCUAUGCCGAGGAGCAGGAGACCAUAAAGGCCAAGUGGGCUAAAGAGCCCACUGCUCUGGAGAAAGAGAGGGGUGAAGAAUAAACCAGAGUCCUUCCAGCUUCCUCCCCUUUAAUCGGAAGGAACUGAUCUGUCCUGUUUUCUUUCUCGCUAGCCAAGAAAUUUCAGUCACUGAUUCCUAUUGAGCCCCUCUCCCCAUCCUCUGAAGACAGAUGUUCCAAUUGUUAUAAAGAAGGACAGCUACUCCAAGGGGGAGCGUAGCUAGGAACUGUUCUCCAGGAGCCUUUCACCCUCUUGUGUGCUGUAGCAGUGAGCUGGGGGUGUAAUCUGUUUGAUGAGCAGUGAAAUGUACUUCCAGGCUGGGUGUGUAUAAAUGCGUGGUGAGCUCUCUGCAUGAGAGGGGUGUGUGUGUGUGUAUGUGUGUGUGUGUGUGUGUGAGAGAGAAACACAUGUUCUCCCUCUGCCUGUCUCCCCAUCUCCUCAAGGCAGCCUGGUUCUCCACCAUAUAGACACACAUUGACUGGCACCAAAGAGCAGACAGUGGUUUUAUUCUAUGUGAAAAGGAAAUAUACAAUGUAAAAUCGUCCUCCUUAAACGGAUGUUAUGCUUUUGGGAUCUGUAAUAAAGCAAAUGCUUUUCCUCUGAGGUGUGAGGGCUCAAA